GGGCAAAAAAAACAAUCAACUCCAUCUCCCCCCGCCACCAAUAGAUGAUUAGCCAGUCCGCUUCAUCUGCUAAGCUGGGUUCUUAGUCUCUGCUAUUGAAAGUACUAUUCUCAGAUCUGAGUUUUUAUUGUAAGAAAAUUUCACUUGUUGAGCUUGGUUUCUGUGUUGCAAUCCAUCUCUUCUCAGACCUGAGUUCUUGGUUUCUUCUAUUCUCGUUCCUAAUGGAGGCGGUGACCGCUAUUGGAGGUGCCAUUCUCUCUGCUUCCUUUCUGGAGCUGUUUGAUAGGAUGACGUCUAUGGAGUUGCUGAAGUAUGCCCAAGAAGGAAACGUCCUUGUUGAACUCAAGAAAUGGGAGAGGAUGUUGAAGAAACUUUACUUGGUACUUGACGAUGCCGAGGAAAAACAGUGGGAGAAUCCAUUGGUAAAGAUGUGGGUAAGCGAUCUUAGGGACUUGGCUUAUGAUGCGGAGGACGUUCUCGAUGAACUUGCAACUGAGGCUCAGCGGCGCAAGCUGAAGGUGGAACCUCUGGCCCGUGCAAGUAAGUCAUGGAAAAUCAUUUCUACUGUUUUUGCUUGUAUAAAUCCAAAUACUAUUAAGUUCAAUGCUGCAAUGGUUUCCAAGAUAGAGAGAAUCAGUACCCGAUUAGAUGAGAUUGUCAAAGAAAAGAACAAUCUGCAUAUAGUAGAGUCUAGAGGAAGUACUAGUCAAGUGAGAACAAGACUACCCACAACUUCUUUGGUGAACGAAUCAAAGAUUUACGGGAGGGAAAAUGAUAAGAACAAAAUACUUGAUCUUUUGAAGAAAAAAGGAAUUGGUGGAAAUGUCUCAGUGAUUCCCAUAGUUGGCAUGGGAGGCGUCGGCAAGACGACUCUUGCUCAGCUCAUCUUCAAUGAUGCCACACUGGUGUUUGAUCUUAAAUCUUGGGUUUUCGUUGGUGAAGAUUUUGAUGUUCUUACAAUGACUAAAACGAUUCUUCAAUCAGUGGUUUGUGAAGGUACAUAUGGUGAAGAUUUGAAUUUGCUUCAGAUAAAACUAAAGGAUAAGCUCUCUCAGAAGAAAUUUUUGAUUGUGCUUGAUGAUGUUUGGACAGAAAACUAUGAUAAUUGGACUCUCUUUUGCAGUCCUUUUGCAGUAGGAGCACCUGGAAGCAUAAUUAUUAUCACAACUCGCAAUGAGAGCGUCUCAUCUAUGAUGGGUACCAUUCGAGGUUAUUCUCUUAAGCAGUUGUCACAUGAAGAUUGCUUUUCUGUAUUUGCACAACAUGCUUUGGGAGCCAUAAAUUUUGAUGAGCACUCGGAAUUAGAAGACAUAGGCAAAGAAAUCGUUAAAAGAUGUCAUGGAUUGCCCUUAGCAGCCAAGGCUCUUGGAGGCUUGUUGAGAGGUACCGCAAAUCGUAACAUAUGGGAGGAAGUGUUAAACAACAACAUUUGGGAUUUGCCUGAUUACAAAAACAACAUUAUUCCAGCUUUGAGGUUAAGUUAUCUUCAUCUUCCUUCUCAUUUAAAGCGAUGCUUUGCUUAUUGCUCUAUUUUUCCUAAGGAUUAUGAAUUCGAUCUGGAUGAGUUAGUUUUGUUAUGGAUGGCAGAGGGUUUUCUAUAUAUAUCAAAGAAGAUGAAGCAGCUAAAAGAUUUGGGAUGCCAGUAUUUUCAUGAUUUAUUGUCUAGAUCGUUUUUUCAACAAUCUACUAGGAAUAAAUCUCGAUAUGUAAUACAUGACCUCAUGCAUGAUUUAGCCCAAUCUGUCACUGAAGAGACAUGUUUUCAUUUGGGCGAAAAGAUGGAUGAUACAAAUCUAUGCACAAAGGUUCGGCAUUCUUCAUUCACUACUCAUUGGUAUGAUACCUGGUUAAGAUUUGAGGGCUUUCACAAAGUGACAGGUUUACGAACAUUCUUAGCAUUGCCAAAACAUUAUGGCCAUUUAACUGGUAAGGUGCUACAAGACUUGAUGCCAAAGUUAAAGUGCUUGAGGGCUCUGUCACUUUCUGGUUAUUGGAUUGAGGAGUUGCCAAGUUCUAUUAGUGCCUUAAAGCAUUUAAGGUAUCUCAACUUAUCUUGCACUCUAAUCAAAAGAUUGCCCAAGUCAGUGGCUGAACUGUUAAACUUGCAAACGUUAAUACUAAGUGGAUGUGUUUGUCUUAUUGAGUUACCCUCAUGCAUAGGCAACUUAAUUAACUUGCAAUGCCUUGAUAUUAGUGGUACAGAUGAAUUAAACGAGAUGCCACUGCAAAUUGGCAAUUUGGCAAAUAUUCACACACUGACCAAGUUUAUUGUGGGAAAAGAUAAUGGACUCAAUAUAAAAGAGCUGAAGAAAUUUCCUCAUAUAUCAGGUUUUCUUCAUAUUUCAAGGAUAGAAAAUGUGCUGAACAUUCGCGAAGCAGAGCUUGCCAAUUUAAUGGAGAAGCAGCGCCUACAAGAACUAGACUUGGAGUGGGCAGAACUAGACUUGAAUUCCUAUGGUUCCAGAGAUCCAAGUGAUGAAGUGCAGGUUCUCAACUCAUUACGGCCUCCUCAAAAUCUAUUACGGCUUUCAAUUAAAUCGUUUGGUGGAACUGAAUUGCCCUUGUGGAUAGGAGAUCCCACAUUCUCAAAUAUGGCAAGGCUAAAGCUUUGUAAUUGUGGCAACAUCACGUCACUACCACCACUUGGACAACUGCCCUCACUUGAAGAGUUGAGCAUACAAGGCAUGAACAGAGUGAAGAAAGUGGGCGUCGAGUUCCAUGGGAAUGGUUUAUCUUUUGCUUGCCUGAAGACUCUAACUAUCCAGGAUAUGUUGGAGUGGGAACAAUGGUCUUGGUCUCGAUGUGGGAAUGAGGAGGCUGCAGUAACAUUUCCUAAUCUGCAUAAGCUUGAAUUGCGAAAUUGUCCGAAGCUUUCUAGUAAAUUACCCAGCUGUCUACAAUCUCUGCAAGAACUGUCAAUUGAAUACUGUCAAGAAAUGGUCCUCAGAAGUCUGUCUGAUCUCACAUCUCUGACUAUCUUGCGCAUUCAUGAGGUCUCAGGUCUUGUAAGUUUACAUGAAGCCCAUAUAGAGACAUUGGUGGCACUAGAAGAUUUGAGGAUUGAAGCUUGUCAUCAGUUAAAGUACUUGUGGAAAUAUGGAACUAGUUUAUACAAACUUGCUUGUCUAACGCAUUUAGGCGUCAAUGGUUGUGAGCAACUGGUGUCAUUGAUAGAGGGAGAGGAAGGGCAAUUGCCUUGUAAUCUUCAAGUCUUGAAGAUAAUUGGUUGUCAUAAUUUGGACAAGCUGCCAAAUGGGCUGCACAGCCUAACAUCUCUAAGAGAUCUGAUCAUCUCAUUCUGUACAAAACUCUUGUCAUUCCCAGCAACAAGAUUGCCAUACAGUUUGAGAUGUCUUGAAAUCCAAGGUUGUGAUUCUCUAGAGUCCCUGCCUGAGGGUAUCAUGUGUGAUGUUAACGACAUCAAACAGACCUCUGUGCUUGAGACAUUGAAAAUCUGCACAUGUAGAUCUCUGAUGUCUUGUCCAAUUGGUGAGUUUCCUGCUUCGCUUAAGACUCUUAAGAUCAAAUGUUGUAAUUGGCCGACACAGUUGUUACAGUCAGCAUUCCAUGGAUUAUCUCAGCUCAGAUAUCUAAGCAUAGUAGACUGUCAACAAUUACUGUCCUUCCAAGAAACAGGAUUGCCUAUGCACUCUCUUAUCUCUCUAACCAUCGGACAAUGUGAGAAUUUGAGGUUGCUGCCAAACCCAAUGCAUGAUCUCCAUUCUCUCAAGUAUUUGUAUAUAAAUAACUGUGAAGGUCUGGUGUCCUUUCCAGAAGGGGGUUUGCCGGUGAACUUGACUGAGCUUUCCAUAAGUAGCUGUGGAGGCCUAGAGUCCUUUCCCCAAAGGGGAUUGCCACCAAAAUUAACCCAGCUUUCCAUUCAGUAUUGCAAGAAUAUUAAACAGCCCAUGAGAGAGUGGGGACUCCACAAACUAACCUCUCUUAGACACUUUAGAAUAUAUGGCAGCAGUCCAAGUACAAAGAUGUUUGAUUCCUUUCCAGAUGCUGAUGGCUUACUGCUUCCCACUUCAUUGACCUACGUCAAGAUUUGUGAACUCGAGAAUCUGAAAUCCAUCUCAAAGGGACUCCAAAAGGUCACCUCUCUACAAUGCUUAUGUUUUGAGAGUUGCCAAAAUCUCUUGUACUUGCCAGAGGAGGGCUUCCCUGAUACACUUGAACAUCUAAUAAUAAUUGGAUGUCCUCAUUUGGCAGAGCGGUGUUGUAAAAACAAAGGAGUUUAUUGGCCUAUCAUUUCCCACUUACCCUAUGUUGAGACUUGAGAUAUUUAAAGCCCAUCUCUAAUACAUUCAUGGUCCAGAUGAAGAAUGAGGAUGCAAUCUGCAGCAUUACAUCGAUGAGUUACCAUGGUGUGCAACACAGCAAAUUAAUGGCUCAAGAGCAAUACUACCGUAUGGAUGGUGGAAUGUGAUGGUGACAUUGCCUUUGGUAUGUAAUUUACAAUCCAGGAUUUAGCAGUAUCUGUAAUUAUGUAUGGUAUGUGAAUUCAUUUUCUAAAAUGAAAAUGGAAGUUUAGAAAAAGUCAUUUUGCCUCUCAACUUUAUUUUCAUCCGAUUUAUCUCUUCGAUAUUGAAAUUGUGAAGGACUUGAUUCCUGCGAUAUGGAAGCGAGUACAUUGCCUUUGGCAUUUAAUCGCGAUCCAGGAUUUAGUCAGUUUCUGAGAUCAUGUAUGGUGUGUAAAUUCAUUUCUGAAAUGAAACUUGGAGUUUCCUCA